GAAGGACAGGCUGCUGAAAUGACAGGCGGCAUAGGCGACAGUUCAGGGAAGUCCUGACCCUCGAUGAUCUCAUCGAGGCGAUGGACAAGCGGGAGAGAACGCUGAGGAGUGUCCCCAAAGUCGACACCUUCCACUUCAAUGGGGAACGAGUCUCUGAGUGGCUGGACCUAGUGGAGCAAGCCUUGGUGGGAGUACCAGACAAGACGAAAUUCAAAUGCAUCCUGCAGUAUGUGCUCCAUAAGCACCAUCCGGAAGAACAGAAGGUGGCCGACGACGCUAACGGUGACUGGGCUAAAUUUAGGGAAGGGAUGCAACGGAAGUACAGGCUGGGAGACGGCCUGCUGAUUAUGGCGGACCUAGAGGCAAUGAAUAGGGACGACUUCACCACCAUUGGGGCGUUCCUGCAAGAAUUCAAAAAGAAGGCAAGAAAGGUACAUGGGAUAUCAGAGGAGGCGCAGUGCGCCGUCUUCUUGGGACUGCUCAUUGCAUCUGAGACAGUUGAGCUAACAAGCCAUGAGGGAGGAAAUGCCAAACUUACCUGGGCCACUAUUGACAGAGGAGUGGAGGUCGGGAGCCUCGACCAGGUUGAGCAGCACCAGGUGAGGCUGCAAAGGCAGAAGAGGAAGGAAAGGGAUGCUGCUGGGACGCCAGGAGUAAAGAAGAUCAUAACCGACGUGCUAGCAGGGCUUAGACCCAGUGAUACAACGGAAGGUGACGGCGGCGGUCCAGGCAAAAGGCAAGGGGGCCGCGGUGGAGGAGGCUACCCAGGAAGGAUGGGAAGAGGAGGAGCCGGUACCUCCACACCUUACGAAGGCGCAGCGCUAUGGCAGGAGAAGGAGGAACUGCCAGUUGGAGUUGAGGAAGUAGGAAGUGACGAGGAAGUAACCCAGAGGCUACAGGUCGGGGAUGCAAGAGAGAAGACCAUAAUCAUCGAGUCGGACGAUGAGGGUGGCGAUGAAGAGGUAAGGUCGGUGGUAGUCCUGCUGAAUAAGAUGAAAGACUUAUUGGACAAGGUAGGGAGAUACCAACGGAAGUUGGUAGACCUCUGCGAGGAAGUGAAGGAGUGGAGGGCUAACCUCCCCAAGGUCUUCCUUUACGACUCUGGUCCAGAGUCCAUGCCGGGGUGGCCCGGAGUGACCACUGUGGGGACGGGCCCGCGAUCAGGGAUGAUGACUAGGCCCCCUACCCCGCAAGUUAGGCUGGCUCAGGCAGCCCGCACUCGAAGUCAAGCCAAGGCAGGUGCGAGUCAAGAACCUCCUCGGAAGGAACCCGAACCAAAAAAGGGGAAAGAAACUGUAGAGGUAGAGGAUGAUGAUGAUGAUGAAGGGGAAGAUGACCGAUUACAUCAGGAGGAAGAUCAGAGGGCCGAACAGCGAGCCAAGAAAAGAGAAAGUCGGGGAGAGGCCGAACCAGUUAUGCGAGACGUACCACCAAAGAGGAAGAAGUAUGUUGUCCGGCUGGAGGAAGGAUUUGAUGUAGAGCGAGUAAUUGACAGGCUGCUUGAGGGCCAUAAUGAUUUAAUGACCCUCAAGGAGAUCCUGGCUUCCGCGCCAAGGCUCCGAAAUGAGCUGAAGGGUAGACUGUCAAGCCGGCUGGUACCAAAUGUUCACCUCAACGUGAUCCUGCCCAAGGAGAUGGAAUGGGCAGAGCCAGGGACGAAAAUGGAUUGGAAGUGUCUGGCUUGUGGCGUGGUGGACCUAGCAGUGAAAGGCUCUAAGUGCACGGCCAUGGUAGAUAUGGGGGCCGAAAUUAACAUUAUCCGGGAGGCUGAUGCCGUCAUAUUUGGUCUAGAGAUAGACCGCUCGGACUGCGGCAUCCUGCACAGGGCCAACAACAAGGCUGUGUUUUGUGGGACAGCCUCGAAUGUGUUACUGGAGAUUAGCAGGGUGAAGGCGCGGGCCUGUUUCUUUGUGAUGCCUGAUGUGGACCACAGUAUCCUCCUGGGGAGGUCCUUCCUUUGUAGGACAGAGACCUUGAUGUAUAAUAAGCAUGAUGGGUCAUUGAUUUUGAUCCUAUGUGAUCCAGCAUGCGGGAAUUACGAAGUGAUUACCUGUCGGAACACUGGGCCAAGGAGCCUCAGGAACAGGCCCAACCCUGGCUCGUUCACGAUCGAGGAGUCAGAAGACGCACAUCGGAGGCUUAUGGCAGAGCCCGAGGAGGAAGUAGAAGGUGAAGCCUUCUCGCUCAGCCUGUCGGAUGCGGGAAAGGCCAUGGAUAUAGUGGUCACGCACGAGAUGGCCGAUCCGGAUGCCAUUCAGGCAUUGAGGGAGCAAGUUCUGGAGUAUCCCGAGGUGGGGGAGAUGGAGCUGGUCUAUCGGCUUCCUAAGGGGAGAAUGGAUCCGGCGGUGGUACAGGCACCGACACGAGCGGCAAGUCAGCCUUUUUUAGGGGCCGGCUCAAGCAGGGUGUCCAAAGGCGGUACAAAACGAUAGACAAAAAGUGUCGCCCAGUUCCCGUUCU